AUGAUCGACCAAUCUACGAACCUCGACGAUCUGAGCAAGUACAGUCUACAGCUGAAUCGAUGGUAUUUGAAACCGAUAGGUGCCUGGCCACCGUCGCGAUCCACUUCUAGGAUCGAGAGGAUGAUUUCGAUCGUUCUGAUCGUCAUUUGUUACUGUUCGAUAUUGUUUACGGUAAUCCCUUGCAUGAUGCACAUCGUUCUCGAGGACGAGGAUCUUUACAAGAAACUUAAGAUGGUCGGUCCUCUGAGUCACUGGUUCAUGGGCGGUGUAAAUUACACCAUGUUGCUAAUGCGCGGCAAAGAGAUACGAUAUUGCGUGGAACAUCUGGAGACCGACUGGCGGUUGAUAACGAGAGCGAAGGACCAACGAAUAAUGCUGAAAAGCGCGAAGCUCGGUCGCUACGUGGCGGGCUUUUGUGCAGCUUUCAUGCAGGGUAGCGUUUUCGCGUAUUGCGUGUUAACGACAUUCACUACGCAUCUCGUUCAGGACGGUAAUCAGAUCAGGACUGUGCGUAUGCUGCCUUGCCAAUUCUACAGAAAGCUACUCGACGUCGAGACCAGUCCCACCAACGAACUCGUCAUCGCCUCGCAAUAUUUAUCAGGUUUCAUCGUAAAUUCCAGUGCAGUUGCUGCUUUUAGUCUCGCCAUUGUCUUUGCGAGUCACGCGUGCGGCCAGUUAAAAAUCCUGAUGAAUUGGAUCACCGAAUUCGUCGACGAGUACGAAGGACAACCAGAGGAGGUCUACUGUGACAAGAUCGGAGUGGUAGUAGAGCAUCAUCUUAGAGUGUUGAGCUUGAUAUCGCGCAUCGAAGUCGUGAUGAAUCGAAUAUGUUUCUCGGAAUUGUUUAAGUGUACACUGAAUAUAUGCAUGAUUGGAUACUACAUUCUCAUGGAAUGGAACUAUCACGACUUUAAGAAUGUAAUUAUAUAUUUUAUGAUACUGUUUUCUAUGUGUUUCAACAUGUUUAUAGUCUGUUAUAUCGGUGAAGUACUGACAGAACAGUGCAAGAAGGUUGGUGAAAUCGUUUACAUGACAAAUUGGUAUUAUUUGCCUGCUAAAACUAUCCUCGACUUACUAUUCAUCAUCGCGAGAUCAAGCAUUGUCAUUAAAAUCACUGCCGGAAAGAUAAUUUAUAUGUCUGUUUACACAUUUGGUCACAUGGUAAAAACUGCUUUCGCAUAUAUAAAUCUAUUGCGGCAAUACACGUGA